CAGGGUUGCCGCGGCCGUCAGCCGUCCAGGGGAGCAAGGCCCGCCGCCGCCGCCGCCAUGGACUACGGGGAAGCUGAAGACAGAGAUUGGAGAUUCCCAGAUACCCCCAUGCAUUGUGGUGUGAACAUGCCCAGUGGGUCAGUCUCAGACAUGGACCGUGAUUACGGGCAUGGAGGCUAUGGUGGCCCACGAUCCAUGGACUCUUACCUUAACCAAUCCUAUGGGAUGGAGAGUCAUGGAGGUGGAGGCGGAGGAGGUGGUGGUGGUGGUAACAGGUUUGGACCUUAUGAGUCUUACGACUCCGGGUCUUCUCUGGGUGGGCGAGAUCUGUACAGAUCUGGCUAUGGUUAUAAUGAACCCGAACAAAGCCGCUUCGGAGGUAGUUAUGGUGGUCGAUUUGACAACUCCUACCGGAAUAGCCUUGACUCUUUCGGAGGUAGAAACCAGGGCGGGUCUAGCUGGGAAGCACCUUACUCCCGUUCAAAAUUGAGGCCUGGGUUUAUGGAGGACAGAGGAAGAGAGAGUUACUCUUCCUACAGCAGUUUUUCUUCACCCCAUAUGAAGCCUGCACCUGUAGGCUCUCGGGGGAGAGGAACGCCUGCUUAUCCUGAAAGUGGAUUUGGAAGCAGAAACUAUGAUGCUUUUGGAGGACCAUCAACAGGCAGAGGCCGAGGCCGAGGACAUAUGGGAGACUUUGGAGGAAUGCACAGACCUGGAAUUGUUGUUGACUAUCAUAACAAACCCAGUCCUGCAGCAGUUGCUGCAAGAGGAAUAAAAAGAAAAAUGAUACCACAGCCAUAUAACAAACCUGGUGGGACAUAUAUCAAGAAACCGAAAAUGACAAAACCUAUUUUGAAGCUGAGCCAGAAGAAAUCACCUACUAAGCGAGAAGUUAAAAGUGAGGAAGAAGAAAAGCGGCGAAUUGAGGCCAGAAGAGAGAAGCAAAGGCGUAGAAGGGAAAAAAACAGUGAAAAAUACGGUGAUGGAUACAGAAUGGCAUUUACUUGCUCAUUUUGCAAAUUUCGAACAUUUGAAGAAAAAGAAAUUGAGUCACAUCUGGAGAGUGCAGCUCACCAGGAAACAUUGGAUCAUAUCCAGAAGCAAACCAAAUUUGACAAAGUAGUGAUGGAAUUUCUUCAUGAGUGUAUGGUAAACAAAUUCAAGAAGACAGCUAUGCGUAAGCAACAGACAAGUAACCAAACAGAAAAUGCUCAAGCUGCUGAAAAAGAUAUAAUGGAAGGGGUUACUGCUGAUGACCAUAUGAUGAAAGUUGAGACUGUUCACUGCAGUGCUUGCAGCGUGUAUGUUCCUGCAUUACACAGUUCUGUUCAGCAGCACUUAAAAUCUCCUGAUCACACAAAAGGAAAACAAGCCUACAGAGAACAAAUAAAAAGGGAGAGUGUUCUUACUGCCACCAGUAUCUUGAAUAAUCCUAUAGUCAAGGCACGAUACGAGCUGUAUGUGAAGGGUGAAAAUCCUUUUGAAAUUAACGAUCAGGCUCAGGAGCAGCAGGCAGAAGAAGAGGAUAAAGCUGAUGAGCCAGUUGAGGGGGAGGAAGAAGAGGAGGAAGAAGAGGAAGAAGAAACUGAAGAACAAACUGACUUCACUUUAGACCACACUGAAGAUAACUAAGUGCAAGACAAUGAAAAUAUAUUGGGGGGGGCAAAACAGCUUUUUAUUUCUGCUCUAAAGUGGCUAAGACUUUUUAAUAGUCUCAGAUGAAGUUGUUGAAGAUUCCCCACCGUAUGCAUGCAUUCCAUUCUGUGGAGAACUUGUUUAUAUAAUUCCUCUGUGUUUCUGAUUUUGUUUAAAAUGAAAUUAAGACUAUUUUAGUUGAGCUUUUUAUAGAAAACUGACUGUUAAAGCUGAUUAAAACAUUGUGUUGUAUAUUUUUUUAAGCAUC